CCUCGACCUCCCGCCUGACGGAGCAGGCCGGGCGGUGUUUAGCUGUCGCUUUAAGAGCCGGUUUCCCCCCAUUGUCAAAGAGUCGUGAUAUGAGCAGGAAGAGGGAAACGAAAGCAGGCACCGCGGUAUUUAAGCACGAUACUGCUGCGGUACAACGACGGCGACCCGGAGGCGCGCGUCCGCAACCGGCUUGGUUAAAAACGAGCCGCAAGUGUCCCUUUUUUAAUCCGACCGGUGCUGUUUAAUUCUUAACAGACAGUCCGCAAAGUCGCUGCGGGAUGAUGCCGUUUACUUGAGAGACGCGAGUGUGUCACCGCGGGUUAUUGCCUCAGGAAGCGAUGACAGGAGUCCUCCAUCAUCACCGCGUAGCUGCUUGAGAGAUAAAUUGCCUUGUCCUGCGGCCAUUUCCACAGGAGUCAAGUGACAAUUCAUUUGACGCACAACAAGCCCAAAGCGGCGCGUCGGAGGCUGUGGAGCAGGUGCAGCGCGUCGUGGUCUGUCCGCAGGCUGCUUCAGGUAUAGCCGCGGAAACCUCAUCUGGAUCCGGCUGGACAUCACAGACAUGUCAUCCACUAUAGAGAGGAAGAUGCUGGACGCCAAUGAGGAGCCGGUGGACGAGGUCCUCCAGAUGCCACCGUCUCUGCUGACGUGCGGCGGGUGUCAGCAGAGCAUUGGAGACCGAUUCUUCUUGAAGGCCAUCGAGCAGUACUGGCAUGAGGACUGCCUGAGCUGCGACCUGUGUGGCUGUCGGCUGGGGGAGGUGGGCCGACGGCUCUACUUCAAGCUGGGAAGAAAACUAUGUCGGAGAGACUACCUCAGGCUCUUCGGUCAGGACGGUCUCUGUGCUUCCUGUGAGAAGAGGAUUCGAGCAUUCGAGAUGACGAUGCGCGUGAGGGACAAGGUUUACCAUCUGGAGUGCUUCAAGUGUGCCGCCUGCCAGAAGCACUUCUGCGUGGGUGACCGCUACCUGCUCAUCAACUCAGACAUUGUGUGUGAGCAGGACAUCUAUGAAUGGACCAAACUCAACAAUAACAACAUGGUUUAGCAGAAUGAAGAGUGUCAUCCUGCCCUUUCCCACUGGCUUCAAAGGGAAUGCACCUUUGAUGAACACAUUAUCAUACAUCUGCACCAGCAAUAACAGAAAGCUUUUCAUUGUAGGCUUCGUCCUUAAAUGCAAAUAAAAACAGCCGAAAUAAUGGAAAAACUUAAAACUGCAAUAAUAGUUGUUUUUUAUAGACUGGAAUGUUAGAUAUUUAUCAAUGAUCAAAAGUCUUUGACAAUGUUCUAUUAGUCAAACACUGUUUCAUCACCUCAUACUUAUCUGUUCAAAUGUGUGUUCAAAGUUUUCAAUGAGCAUUUCAGUAUUUAAGAUUUAUUUUAUUGUUCAUAAUUUCCUGAGAAAUUUCUGGGAAUAAGUUUGUGACUUGGUAUUAAUUAUAAGGAAAAUAGAAACUUCGUUAAAGGAGUUGCUUCAUUUAAAAUCCAAGUAGAUAUCAAAUUCUCCAUUUAUGUUAAAUUCUAUGUUUGCCUGCGAACAAAUUUCCCAUUUGGAUGUUGAACUAACCUGCUGGACUGCCUAUCUAAAACAGUGUUUUUCUAUCCGGAACACUAUUUAUAAAAGAUAAUAAUUCAUUAGGAAUUUACAAACCUGUAAAUUGUUAUUAAAAAUGUUGUGGCAUUUUCAAGUUAUGAAUGCAAUGUCCAUGUUGAAAAGUCCUGAUCAAUGUGAUUCUGCUGUAUUGCCAGGUUGAACUGGUGGCGCCCUCUAGUGAUCGAGGGAUCCCAUGCAAUACUCAUUUUACUGACUGGCGCUGUGUGUCUUUUGUAUCUGUUACACCUCUGGACAUGCACCCACGACUUUUUGGACAAUUACUAUUAAAUACAUUUUGAUCUAGAGAAACAAAGAUCA